AUGCUGAACUUUGACACUAAGAGCGCCCAUGAAAGGAGGAAGAUGCAACUGCAUGAGCUAGAGGAGAUUAGGCACCUCGCCUAUGAAAACUCAAAACUCUACAAGGAGCGUACCAAAGCCUACCAUGACAAGCGGAUCCUCACUAGGACCUUUGCUCCUAAUGAUCAAGUCUUGUUGUUCAACUCUAGGCUGAAACUGUUUCCCGGAAAGCUAAGAUCACGAUGGUCCGGACCCUUCACCAUCAAGGAGAUUAGACCAUAUGGGGCAUUUGUGUUGCUGGACACAAAAGGAGGAGAAUUUGUGGUGAAUGGACAGAGGCUGAAACAAUAUCUUGCCGCCUCUGAGCACGCAAGNGUUUCUGGGAGAGUGUCAGAGGAAGAGAACGUUCCAGUGUGA